CCUUGAUUUUAGGUGCAUCCUCACUAUCAUCUGCCAGAUGAGUACUUCAAAUUUAAUGGCAGUUCAAAUUCUUUGGUGCUCUGUAAGCAUCAUUCUGAUUAGUGUGACUGUCGCUGGCCAUAAUGUUUCCAGCAAGAAUGUGUUUGAUGAUGGAAGUCUCUGUUGGACACUGUUUGUAAAUAGAGACAAACCAAGUGGCACUGGUGACUGGGAGACACUGAGCUCUCUUCUUCGAGAUCGUUAUGAUGUUUGUUCAAAGCCAAGAGACAUCGAUUGUCAAACAGCAACAGGAAAUCAGUUACAAUAUGUGAAUCAAGUAGUGACUUGCAAUACGAUCCAAGGAUUUUAUUGUGUUAACUCUCAACAAGUAACGGGACAAUGUUUUGACUACAAAGUUCGUUUUCUCUGUCCAUGUACAAGAGCAUGUGGAAAUGACAUCAAAUUAGUGAAUUCAGAUGAAAAGGUAGACAUUGUAAUACCUACGUACGGCCAUAAUCUCAGCUGUGAGUGGAAAGUUGUAGCACCAGAAGGUAGACAGAUCAAGUUAAUGCUUGCACCUGGACAAAAACAGCUUGAUGUUGAGCAUGCUGUACUAACUAUCCAGUCUAAGUUGAAACAGUCAACGUACCAAUUGAUUGACAGCCGUAAAGGACUCUGGCCUCCAACUACCAGAGCAAUGGUCUCAAAAGAAAACAAAUUGAUAAUACACUUCUAUGGCAAUGUUAUGUACACAAAUUUGAGAUUGCAGUGUGAAUUGCUACCUGAAUCGAGAACCUUUACUCCAUGUAACUUCACAUCUAACUUCUGUGACUGGAAAAGAUGGAGCAAAAUAUGGACACGCUUGCCUUGUUAUGAUGAAAAGAUUGGCUACGUCGGUAAAUUGUCAACAACAGAAUCCGGCAUAAAGUGCCAAGCUUGGCACACUCGGUACCCGCAUAGACAAGCAGCUAUUGUGUAUAAGUAUGAAGAGCUCAGAGGGACAAAUUAUUGUCGGAAUCCAGGAGGCAUGAUGUCACAACCAUGGUGUUACACUAAAAACCGGAGAGUGGUACGACAAGUCUGUUCUGUUGUUCAGUGCAGCACAUCUAGAACGGGUAUGGUUUUGGCAUUGCGAAUGCACGAGUCACUUGUCACUGGUGAUCUCUACCGCAUCGUUAGUCCAUUAUAUGAAGGUGUUAAAGGCAGCUGUCUUUCAUUCAACUACAAACUGAACACUGUUGGAAACAGAUUGUUGAUUAUUACUGUUAAAAAUGUGGAAAACAUGUCUGUGGCAAAGAGAGCAUUUAAUGGAACAAAGAGCAAUGGGUGGUUUCGAGGUUAUCUUAAGAUUCCUGAUGACACAAAAUUUUACAUUUAUGUUGCAACUAGAAUACCAUUUUAUGGGAGUACUGGUGAUGUGGCCGUUGAUGACAUACAUAUUGUGAAGUAUCCAGAACGGUUUUCUUGUUGGUCUUCUAACUCAAGUUUAUGUCCUGUAACCAUGAUGCCAAGUGAAGGGAAAUGGGAGUUGAAAUCCUACAUUAAAGAAACAGUAACAACAGGGCUACCAAUGCAAACUCCAGAUUAUAAAAGUCUUGGUUGUCAAAAGAGAAGUGAUCGACAGUCAAAAAAGACUUUCCUAGCAUCGUUUCAUUUAUUGGAGACAAAUAGUAGUCUGUUUCAGCAUUGGCCACGUUAUCGUGAUCCGUCAGAAUGUGCAAAGGCAGCGUUCACUCUUGGCUAUAAAUUCUUUGCCAUUGGUCCAAGGUUAUUCUGUUAUGCAUCACAUGAUUUGAAGCUUGAUUAUGACGGACAACUAAUAAAAUCAGACUGUCCUUCUCUAUCUCAUUAUCCCAUUGAAAGAAAUUUCUUUCUGUAUGAGCUGAUCAGUCAAAUUGGCAGGUUUACAUGGCUGCAACAACUGACUCUCCAGUAUGGUUACUUUAUGUCGUAUGCAUUUUCCAGUCAGCAGACUUUGCGUUCGUCGUACAUAAGUUGGAUCUGGUUGCGUGACGCAGGAAAUGAACAGAUGUGUGUUUCAUUUGAGUAUAACUCUAAUGUUGACAAUUUGUAUGUUGAACUGAUGGAAGACAGCUUAUCACAAACACGAGUGGGAAGGAAAAAGUAUGUGGUCUGGAAAGCACCAUCACUGGGAACAGGCUGGAAAUUUGCUACAUUUUACUUGCCACGAGACUCCAAUAUAGUUGCUGUACAAGUUCAGAUUGUAAUGACACGCAGUAUUUCUAAUGAAGGGUACUUUGACAUUCGAAACUUGACAGUUUUGCCAUGUGCAACAGCACCAAAUUGCACAUUUGAUUCAUCUUUAUGUGGUUGGGAUAGUAAAGACAAGGGAGGUUGUUCAAACUGGAGAAGAGGGGAAUUCACUCACUAUUAUCCUCUCAACGUGACAUUACAAUCGAGAUAUGGAUAUGUUCUUAGCACUCACUACUGCGUUGCUUCAACUUCUAAUAAUAAACGGCAAUUUGUAUAUUUUAGAAGUCCUCCCAUGGUUAGUCAGGGCUAUCGUUGCUUUGGUUUUCACUACUCGAUGGCUGGCACCCAAUAUUAUUUCAACUCUGGGUGGAGGUAUUACUGGUCAUACAGUGUUAGGGCAUUAGUUAAUGGAAGAGUUCAUAUGGAAGAGUUUCUCCAGUUGUCGAGAGGGACCAACAACAGACCAGGAAACUGGAAGCUUGGAUUUCUUACCUUACCGAUUGAAUUUCAAGGUUUUCUUGAGAUCGAGUUUAAGGCAUGCAGGUACUGCUAUUUGGCUUUGGAUAACUUUGUGUUUUCUACAACUAAGUGUGGUGACGCAAGUGAUCAUUGUGCCACUGGAAGACAUAAUUGUGAACAAUUAUGCAUUCAAGGGUUUACACAGUAUUUUUGUGGUUGCAAUGAACGAUACAAACUAGGAAGUGAUGGUCAUUCGUGUCUACCUGUGUGUCAUCCUCCAUGUCAAAACAAUGGAAGAUGUGUUGCACCAAACCUGUGUGAGUGCACUAACAGAUACACAGGCUAUUACUGUUCUCUAUUCUGUGGAGAUUCUUACCAAACGAGUGAAAUGGGAGUGCUCAAUCCUCCAGUGAAUGCUUUGUGGCGGCGUCAAAAGCUGAGAUGUCAGUGGACAGUUGAAGCACCCGAAGGAUUUUUGAUACAUUUGAAGUUUGACAAGAUGGAUGAUGGUUGCAACACACGGUGCUCAUCUGAAAAUGUUACAAUUCGAGGUGUGCAGGAUGAUCAAGUAGUGAUAUGUCAUGGAGCUCAUAUCCCUCAUGAUGUAAUUUCACUGGGGAGUAGAUUGUCUAUUCUAUAUAUGAGUUGGACUAAACGUCAACCCUCCUCUUGUGUGUUUCGGAUGAGAUAUCAAGUCUAUGAAUCUGCAUGCAGAAUGGAUUGCUCAAAUCUCAAAGCAAAUGAACGAUGUUGUCUUCACGGGUUUGUGCUGGCUGUCCCUGGCAUAUUGCGCCAAGGCACAACAGCUGUCGUUAAUGUCAUGCUUCACAAAUCUAUUGGUCCAUUGACAGUUAAUUCUACUCUAACCACUGCCACAGAUGACAUAAUAUUGACAUCAACACAGAAAACAAAACAGAAAAGUAAUGGAGAAUUACAAUACUUUACCAUUGAGAUACCCAACAAUGUUGAAUCAGGGCAAUACAAACUGGCAGUGAAUGGUACAAUUAGUAGGCAGCUUGCUGUUCAUGGAGUGAUGAGCGUUGGAGUUGCUGCAAGAGGUCCAACCGUGUUGGUGCAGACAGACAAACCUGUGUACAAACCGGGUCAAACGGUUCAAGUGAGAAUUCUGGUAUUGGAUUAUGAAAUGAAACCGUUCAAUACAUCGGUAACAGUGGAGAUUACAGAUGGCAGAGGCAUGAAAGUUUUACAGUGGCUAAAUGUUCGACCAACAAAUGGACUUUUGUCUCGAUCCAUUCCUUUGUCUUCUCAGCCUGUUACAGGCACUUGGAACAUUUCAAUCUUUGCAACAUUUUUUCCAAGUGACGAGAAACAGCGUGUGCAAUCAGCUUGUUUUGACGUCAGAGAAUAUGUUCUUCCAAAAUUUGAGGUAGUUCUUUAUGUUCCAACUUACGCUGUUAAAGGUGACACUGACUUAAUAGGAGCAGUGGCUGCAAGGUACACAUAUGGAAAGCCAGUGCAGGGACGUGUUUGUGUGUAUGUUUUGCCCAUGUUCACAUCUUUGCCAUACUAUUUACGUUCUAUUACUGUUAAACCAACUAAACUCUGUCAGUCGAUUGAUGGAUUGUCUGAUUUUUCAGUGUUACUAAAUUCAGUCACUAAAUACAACAGAUGGCCAACAACUUUGGAAGUUAAUGUCACUGUAACUGAGAAAGGUACAGGUGUCUCUGCAAAUGCUUCUCGUCUGAUAAUGGUUGCAUCAAAACCAUUGCUCCUACACUUUUUGCCGGGCACACCCACAUUGUUUCAUCCUGGUUUGCCAUUUACUGUCAGGGUGUUUGUCAUGACUCCUGAAUGUUAUAGCAUAUUUAGUCCAGUGGGUUAACUGUAUAAUUUAAGAUUAAAUCAUUUACUGACAAAUAAGACCUUAAUUAUGUACAUCUAUGCACAUACGUCUAUGCACAUGUUAACACAUCCAUUUGCUUUGUUACCCUUCUGAGUGCUUUUAGAUUGUCCAGAAUCAUUCUACGUGCUUCAAUGUGUCUUUGGUGAGAACUCAUUGUGUAGCUGGUGUUCAGCCAGGAUAUGUUAAAGCCUAUUCGUAUUACAAUCCCGAGUUUACUACUAUGAUUUCAUACAUGCCUCCUGAUACUGUGGCAAACAGUCUUGAUGCUUGUGAGAUACCCGAGGAGGGGACUCAGGGAGAGUCUGGUGCUAAUGAACUUGAACUGACAGUCAAGCAGACACCAUCAGAUGAUG